UUUGAGAAACUGUUCUAUAAUAUUUGGAAAUAUAUAUGAAUUAUAAUAAACAUAAUAUUUCUGCGGAAAAUUUAGGUUUAGUACUUAAAAAAUAAUUUUUGAUUCAUAAAUUUAAAAUUUGCACCAAAACGCGUCAAAGUGUCAUGGCGUCGCUUGCUUACGUCACUUUAGAGUACAAGGAACAUUCGGUAUAUGUAAACAUUAUCUAAUUCAUAUUUAAUUUGGACAUUUUACUAGUUUUUACAUUAAAAACAUGACUUCGAAAGCAUAUCGGUGGUGUUCCGUCCCUCUGUGUACUAAUACGUCCAUAAAAACUCCUGAGAAGUUAUUUAUUUUCGUUCCUUUCGAUAAAAAUUAAGAAAGAAGUGGCUUGAACUUGCAAGACGUGAUUUGGAAGGAAUAUUACCCACUACACAGCUUUAUUUUUGUGAAGAUCACUUUGACUUACCAAAUUAUAUGGCAAACUACAUGGAGUAUCAUUUGAUGGGGUCAGUGUCGCAGAUUCGCAUGAAACCUGGGUGCGUUCCCUCAAAAUUUGAAUGCCAACCUGACAGAAGAAAACGAACUUCCGGCUCAAACGAAAGGAAAUAUAGUGCGAAAAAGCAAAGAAGAGAAGUCGUUGCAGAAGCUGAGCAAGAAUUACAAAAUAAAACAACUACAACUUGUUCUGUUGCAACAGAACAGCUAGAACUUGAAGACCCAACCCCCGGAACAUCAGCCAUGCAGGAAAGUAAUACAAAAGAUGCACCUAAGAUGGUAAAUAAAUCCAUUCAAGUGUAUAUAACAAAUAAGUUCAGAAGUAAAGCUGUUCAAACAGAAAUAAAAUCAGUAGAUCAGAUGACUUCACCAUUGAAACCCUUUUGUCGUUCUGCUUUUACUUCACCAUUUAAAAUCACAAGUACCAAGCCAUCCAUAUCCACCAUACAAAAAUGUUCCAAGAAAAUAGGAUUUCAGGCAGAUUCUGACAGUGAUAUUUCAUACACACCAUCUGUAGCACAUAGUGAAUCACCAUCAGUGACAUCUUUAAACAUUAAAUCGUCUUCAGACUGCAGUGAAUUAAUUGAAGACGAUAAGAAACAAGAGGCAUCAAGAAUCUUGGCAUAUACAUUGCAGAAAAUAAAAAAGAACCCACGGUCUUACAUUGGAGUUCCUAACAGUUGUUACUACCUUAUAGAUUUAAUUGAAAAAAAAUUAAAUAUUCCCACACACCAUAUAAUAAUGUGCUUGAAAAAAAUUAAAUUAAAUAGUAGUUUCAGAGAGCUUUCUGAUGAUUUUUCUAUUGAUCCGACAUAUGCCAGCAAGAUAUUUCUGAAAAAUAUACUACUAAUAGCUAGUUUGAUGCGACCUUUUCUUGUUGUCUUAGAUAAAGAUUCCAUAAGAAAAAAUUUGCCUAUGGCCUUUAGGCAUAAAUAUUACAAUGUAAUUUGUAUUAUAGACUGCUUAGAAAUUGAGAUAGAAAAGCCUUCAAAAGCAGUGAACCAGGCUCUCUCCUGGUCAGAAUACAAAAAAGCUAAUACGAUAAAGUAUCUUGUGUCUUGUACUCCUAAUGGACUAAUCAAUUACAUUUCUCCAGGAUAUGGAGGAAGAAUUACUGACACAUUGUCGGUCGAAUCUUGUGAUUUUAUAAAGUGUUUGCAACCAGGUAUGCGUGUGAUGGCUGACAGAGGUUUCAAACAUGUACAACAAUAUUUAAGAAAACAGGGAGUGAACUUAGUACGACCUCCAAGUGUUGCAACUGGUACAAAGCUAUCAAAACAUGAGGCAAGGGAAACAAAACAAAUUGCAAGCGUAAGGAUUCAUGUGGAGAGAGUGAUUAGACGCCUACAUGAAUUCUGUAUGUUAAAGCCGCAUGCAUGUGUAAAUGUUAAUUUAGUCAAAUUGCUAGAUGAUGUUAUAACCAUUGCCUGUGGAUUGAUUAACUUACAAGAUUCUUUGAUCAAAUAAAUAUACAUGUUUGUUUGAUCAAAGAAUCUUGUAAGAUCAAAUCAAUCAGCUUGAUCAAGAAUAUAUGCCAGUUCAGUUUCAGAAUAAUGUUAGAUUCAGUUUCUGAAAUCCUGUUUGACUGUACAAUUUUGAGUGCAAGUUAUUGUAUUAUGCAGAUAAUUAAACAAAGAAUCAGUAUUAUUUCGAAGUUCAUUGUUACUUUGCUUAAACUCGUUUGUUUAAUAUGAGCUAGUCUAACAUAAAACAUUGAUAUAAGUGAAUGUAAAUGAAUAUUUAUAUAGUGUUGUAAAUUAAUAUAUAAUGUGUGAAGAUCAUCAGAGGUUCAUCCUACAAAUAAAAACAUUUUUACAUAAA